AUGGGGAGCGAUCAACUGAACUUAAAAAUCCUGAUGAAAAAGUUCCUUAGUGAGGAGAAGGAAUAUAUUAAGUUUAUGAACAAAGAUGAAAGGGAUAUUAUACUUUUCGAGAAAGAAAACUUUUACAUUUAUGCAAACAUUUUAUGUGGAAUUGAAAGUAGAAAGAAGGAAAAAUAUAACAUAGGGGAUAUUUAUCUAUUUUUGUGCCUACCGAAAAGUAAUUACACUUUUUCGUAUAUUAAUUCAAUUGGCUAUAAAUAUAUAAGCAUUUUAGAAAAAAGUAAAAUAAUAAAAAUUAUUGAAGACAAUGAAGAUAGCGAUGAAAUUAAAGUCAAUUUUUUCGUUUACGAUUUGAAGAAAAUACUUGAUUUGCAUGAUUAUGUAGAUUUAGAAGAGAAGGAUCAGGGUAUUCAGGCGGACCUGUUCGAUUUCGACAAUGUGUAUGAUGUAGAUAGGAAUAGUGAAAAUGAAAGUAGAAAUGAAAAAGGUUCCAUAAAAAAAAGUAGCACAAAAAGUACUACACAGGAUGGGGAGGAGAAAGCAGAAGGAGAAGUGUUUAAUUCUUCUCAUAGAAAGAGGAAACGAGGUGGGGAGGAUGGAACAAUUGAACAAUUAGGGGCUCAUAUAAAACCUUCUGAUUAUAAAAAAAACCCAAUUGACCUCAUCGUAGAAGAAAAGUUUAUCUCUUUUGAUAAUUUAAGAAGUAUAUGCAAUACAGAAAAAGUGGAUAACUCAAUAAUACUUUACGUGUCAAAUGAUUAUUACAGUGGAAGAGUGAUGCACAAUCAAAUUAACCCACAAGAAAUGUCUGGAAAACACAAUUUCUUGCAGAAUGAUAUUUCUACUCAAGAGUACGACUCACUAAUCUAUUUCAAUUGCAAUGAAGUUAAUGAUACGGAAGAAAUAGUUAAUGAUGCAAGUAACAAUUACGAUUUCAUCAAAAUGAAUUUUUUUGACCUUGCCAACGAAGGGGAUUUAACGAGAAGUAGCUAUCAUUUGGAAAGUUCUAAUACAUGUGUACAAGUACCUACUAUACUAGAGAAAGAUGAAAUACAAAACAGUGUUGAUAGAAAGAAUAAAACAAUAAUUACCCAGAGUGAUGAAAAGUAUGAAAAAGAUAAAAAGCACUUAUGCAAUAAUGACCCAUGUGGAAAUAGUCUCCAAAAAAUGUUGAAACAUUACUACGAUAACAACAAUUUUUUUCAAAGUAUUUUUCUACAGAAUAUGAAUUUGUAUUCUGUUAUGAAGAAUACAUAUCUUACAAGUUUAGAAAAUGAAAAUCAUAUUGAUCAAUGUGUAAAAUUUAUUAUUCACAAGUUUCACAGAGAUUAUGUAAAAUACAUGGAAAGUGAUAAAAACAUGGUGUUGUCUACAUGUAACGAUUUUCUUAAACGAUAUUCAAAGCAUAAUUAUACGGAUAUAUAUCACAAGGGAGAUUUAUAUAAAAAUUUUGCAGAUUAUGAUAUGCUCGAUCUUGAUAUGAGCAUAAAUGAUUACAAUGAAGAGAAAAAACAUCCUAUUAAUAUUGUUAAUGAUAAAUCAACUUUCAUUGAUCAUAAUGAUUCUUCCUCAUUAUCAACAAAAAGAGAAAAUACAAAAUUUCUUGUUGGGCAAUAUAUACCCCUAGAUAUAGUACAAACUUUUAAUGAUCAUGAUAAAAUAAUAUUUUUUCAUGACUUGCUAGCUCAAUACGCACAAGCUAUAUAUGAUAAGAAUAACUACAAUAAAAAUAGAGCUGUUAUUAAUUUCGUUCACAAUUUUGUAAAAAACUUUUCUCUUGAGGAAAGUCUCUAUUGGGAGAUUGAUCCAAAAGGGAGGUGUAUAUUACCUCCUGAGGAGCUACUCCUAUCGGACCAAGAUGAUAUUUUUUGUGAUGUAGGUCAAGAAGAGGUAAAUCUAGAAAAGGAGAAUACAAAUGAUGUAUAUAUCAUUCCUACGUGUGUAAAUGAAGAAACGCGUAGCAAAGAUUAUACACACAAAUGUACAAACGUAGACAACAACUGCAUAGUUAUUAGGGGAAAACUUAACAGAAAAACCAUAUCGAAUAUCAAUUUAUCGAAGGAACAAAUUGAAGGAAACGAAGAACUUGUAAAAUCAAUUCAAGUUAAAGAGGUAAAUGUUCAAGAUUCGUAUGAUAUGAUAGGGAAAAGUCCCAAUGAUUUUAGCAGAAUAUAUAAUUUUUUUGAAAGAGAACUUUUAAAUAAAAGUAGCAUAAAGAAUGUAUGCAUAAAUGGAAUAAAGAAAAAUAUUAUAAUAGAUGAUAAUAUUAAGCCAAGGAUUGGAAAUGUAUCAUUAAAAUUAAUUGACGAAAUUCACUUAACGUAUAAAAAAAGACCCAUUAUACUAAUAGAAAAAGAAAGUAAUAAUCAUAUAAUUAAUAAAAGUAAUAUUGAAUCAUUUUUUCUGCAUAAUAAUUUAGAUAAUUCUAAUAUGAACCCAAAUUAUUCUAACACAGUUAGUGUUGGAGGUCCGUAUGAUUCUAUAUCUAUCAUUUACAAAAUGUUUAACAAAAAAAAAAGCAUAAAAUUCUCAUUUAUUGAAAAUGACAAAAUAUCAAAAUUGACUGAAACAGAUUGGAAAUGUGUAAUUGCUGUUAUUAUAAAAUCGAAAGAAUCAUUAAAAGGUAUAUUAGAUGAAUAUCCUUUUGAAAUUCCAACAGCUCUAUUCCACCCAUUCAAAUCUUUUUUUUUUAUGUAUAAUGAUGUUACAAUACCGUCCGAUUUGUUAACAGGUGGGAAUAUUGAUAUCAUCAGACUAAAUCGAAAAAAUAGAAAAGAAGAUUACAUUGCCGUUAAUAAAUUUUGGACCAACAUUGAGAAAUUUAUUUUACAAAGACGAGACAAAUCUUUCUACACGAAGAAAAAGCAGUUCUAA